UCGCUAGGUCUGAGUUCAGACUUUCGGAUGACUACAAGCAGAGCUAGCGCCUUGCACAAUCAUAAUCCUUUGACAUCAUUUCCGUCCUUGCCUAAAUCCCCUUUACCCAUUUAUUCCUUUCCAUGUCAUCACAACCUCAAACCUCCCAGGUUGAGUAUUUAUAACCCAAAAUGGGAAGCAAAAAAGAAGCUGGUCCGGAUGCCUAUGGUUUCUUGUUUGGUGGAUGAGCCUAAAAAUUUAUCAGAAUCAGGGGAAAUGGUCAUUGACUUGAAGCAUCCAAGGAGAAAGCUUUUGGCCACUUUCACAUGCAACUCAUGUGGUGCUCAAUCUCAAAGGUUCAUAAACCGCUUAGCUUAUGAAAGAGGACUUGUCUAUCUCCAGUGUUCAGGGUGCGCAAAAUAUCAUAAAUUGGUGGACAAUCUUGGACUUGUGGUUGAAUACAUUUUGGGAGAUAAAGUUGAUGCCGGGGAUGAUUCGGAGUCAAUUUUAGAUAAACCAGGUGCAGAAUCUUCGUAGCAAAAGAUCAGGUGUAAUAUUGAUAUGGUUAGAAAGAACAAAUUUGUAGAUCCAUUGUACUCCCUCCGUUCCAUUUAAGGAAAGUUUUUACUUUAAAUAUACCUUUAUACCCCCCCACUUUUAUUACCAUUACCCCUUUCUCUUUCCUACUUUUUCAUUUACUCACUGCUCAUUACACCUUUUACACCACCCCUACUAUUUUCCUCUUAAAACCCGUGCCAAAGCCUAAGAAGACAUAUAAUAAAGAACGGAGGGAGUAUUACACAUAGGGGUGUGCACGGGUCGGGUUCGGGCGGGUCGGGUUUGCGAACCCUAAACCCGUUCGGGUUUUUUAAUUUAAAUACUAGGCCCGACCCUUUGAUAUUUCAAAUCGGGUAUUUCGGAUAUUUUUAAGUCGGAUAUUAUCGGAUAUCGGGUCGGGUUUCGGAUAUUUCGGUUAUAUUAAAAAAAAUUUAAUUGGAUAAUUAAAGUGUUUAAAUGCCACUUUGACAAAAAUUGUACACACUAGUGCACUAAACCUCCAAAUUACACAAAUAAU